AUGAAGGCCUCUUUCAUCGCUACCGUCGCCGCCAUGGCCGGCUCUGCUUUCGCCGCUCCCACCACCGUUGUUGGUGCCGAUAGCCUCCUCGUCGGCCUCAAGAUUGGCGACAUCACCGCGGAGCUCAAGCUCAGCGAGAUCCCCGUUGUCUACAAGCUCGGCGACCUGGCCAAUAUCCUCGACCUUCCCACCCCCUCCUCCUCUAUCAGCAAAGUCCCCGCCGUCAAGAACGGUCACCUCGUCCAGGACCUCGGAGACGAGGUCGACAACAUCCUGACCGUUGUCGGCGAAGACCUCACAACCCUCCUCAUCGAGCUGUCCCCCGAGGUCACUGCCCUCGUCGACGGCCUUGGUCUCGGUUCCCUCGGCGCUCCCCUCGGCUCCAUCGUCGCCUCCGCCUCAAACAUUGGUGGCAUCGUCUCCGGCCUUGGCUCCGUCAUCGACGGUCUCGUCACUGUUGUCGGCGCUGACGCCGGUGCUCUCCUCAUCAGCCUGUCCCCCGAGGUUGCUGGCCUCGUUUCUGGUCUCGGUCUCCCUACCAUUGGUGUCCCCGUCGGUACCGUCAUUGCUACCGUCGGCCAGAACCUCAAGCGUGGCGAGAUUGUCCAGGACCUUGCCCCUGUUGUCCAGAGCACCAUCACUGUCGUCGGCCAGGACGCCGAGGAUCUCCUCAUCGAGCUCUCCCCCUCCGUCACCUCCCUCGUUGCCAGCCUCGGUCUGACCUCCGUCGCCGGCCCCAUUGGCUCCGUCGUCGCUGAGGCCGCUACCGUCGGUGAGCUUGUCAAGGACAUCUCCGUUCCCGUUGCGGAUCUCCUCCACAUUGUCGGCCGUGAUGGCAAGAACCUCCUCAUCAAGUUGACUCCCUCCGUUGUUGGCCUUGUUGCUGGCCUCGGUCUUCCCACCAUUGCCUCCCCUCUCGGUGCCAUCCUCACCACUGUCGCUAACAACCUGUAA